AUGUCCUCUCCCCCCCGAACCCACUACUUCGCCUACGGCUCCAACCUCUGGCUCGCCCAAAUGACACAACGCUGCCCGCAGAGCACCCUCAUCGGGACCGGCCUCCUCCCCUCCCACCGCUGGUUCAUCUACUCGCGAGGCUACGCCAACAUCCGGCCCUCGGCCCCGGACGAGUGCUACGGAAUCGUCUACAGCAUCACCGACGCAGACAUGGCGCUGCUGGACCGCUACGAGGGUGCGCCAUAUAUAUACGAGCGUGUGGUGCGCGACGUGCAGAUGCUGGAUGAUGGCAGGGUGCUGCCGUGCGUGGUGUAUAUUGACCCAAUUGUGGAGGAGGGAGUGGUGAAGGAGGAGUAUAUAAAGAGGAUUAAUAACGGGUUGGAGGAUGCGCGCGAGAUCCCGGAGAGGUGGGUAGAGAGGUAUGUGAGGCCGUAUGUGCCGGCGGCGGCGUAG